AUGAUAACAUUAAGAAUAUUUUUACAGAGAGUUAAUUCAAAUGUUAAUAGAGAUAAUAAACACAUUGAAAAAUGUGAUAAAUAUUCAAAUAUUUUGAAAAAAGAAAUUGAAAAAGAAAAUAAUAUUGAUAUUAAUAUUAAUAUUAAAGACGAAUCUUAUUUAUUGUCGGAAAUAAUAAUAUCAAAUGAAUAUGAUAAAUAUAAAAUAGAUAAUUCCUGUAUUAUUAAAAUCGUCGAUCCAUUAUAUGAUUAUAAUAAUAAGAAUUUGAUUUAUGGUGAUAGUAUAGAAAAACUUAAUAUAGAAGAUUUAAAUUCAUCAUUUAUCAAUAAAAAUUCCUCAUCAAUUAUUAAAUCAACACAAUUAGAUUCUAUUAUUGAAGAUUAUAAUGAAGAUUAUUAUGAUGAUAAUCAACAAAUAACAACACAAACAAUUAAAUUAUGUUGUGAUCGAGAAAUUGUUGAUGAUUCAAAUAAUCUUCAUUCUCGUUUACUUGAUUUAAGUAAAAUGAAUCAUGUUAUUAUACAAUUUAAUGAAAAUGGUCAUUUAUUAAAUGAAUUUAUACGUCAAAUAGAUAAAUUAAAAAUCAAUACUGAUUAUAUAUUUCGAACUAGUAAUCAUAUUCCACGUGAUGCAGAAUUACUUGAAGCACGAUAUUCAACAUUAUUAUCUACAAUAGAAACUCUUUCAUUAUUAUUAAAAAUAUCACAAAUUCCAGCAUGUCGUUAUCUU